GCGAACCAAAGCGCGCAUGAGAGAGGGAGAGGGAGAGAGAGAAACUGCACUGAUGAUCGACGCCAGCCUGCCACCACUCUGUAGCAGUGAGUGGCUGCAACAAAAGCACAGAAUAACAUCUCAGCUCCUCUCCUCUGCUUUUCCCCUCACUGCAUUUCCCAUCCUCGGUGCAGAGAACUCCACACAACACAGCAGAGCCACACGGAACCGCCGUCGCAAAUGCAGCCUCUGCCUGCCAUCAACAAGUUAGGGAUAAAGGACACUGGGUACUGAAAGAGGAAUGCGUGAUCUUCAAUUAACCAAUUGAGCUGACAUCAUUGCGGUGGAAAAGGAAAGAGGCAGCUGAGGGACAGAGGGAUCUGCUCAGUGGUGCUGCUUUGGAUGCAAAUCAUCAACUUUAAAUUUAAGGAUUCUUGGAAGGCAAAUAAUGCUUAUCUUUUCUUAAUCUGGGAAUUGAAUAGCAGGACUGAAAAAAGGAGAGACCCAAAAAAGAGAAAACCGCAUCCCAGGACAUGGAAUUCCUGAAUUUGGUUCAACUGGGGGGGCUCAGCACUUCUUUAUUUCUGAAGAGCUUGAUUCCUCUUGUAUUUACCCAAAAGGUUUUUUUCCCUUUGGAUUUCUCUUCCAUCUGGCUGCUCCAAAAGUCUGCGGAAAAAGACAGUUGAAUGCAGCCUCCGAUGUACACAAAAGAAUGGGUUUCCAUUCAAGGUGGCCAUUGGUGGGACAAGCACCAGCGGCACUUUGUGUGAUCAGCAUGCUACUGUGCCUCCCUCCUGUGUCAUGCACAACUUGCCCCCAGAAAUGCCGAUGUGAAGACCUGCAGUUUUACUGCGACACACAGGGGCUCCUGGCGCCCCCCGACGGUGUGGAUAAAGGGGCCCUUGGACUUUCGCUUAGACACAACAGCAUCAGCGAGCUCAGCUCAGACCAGUUCUUUGGCUUCACCCAGCUUACUUGGCUUCAUCUGGACCACAACCAAAUAACUACAGUUCAUGAAGAUGCCUUCCAGGGGCUGUACAAGCUCAAGGACCUUAACCUGAGCUCAAACCGCAUCACCAAGCUGCCAAACACAACCUUCAUCCACCUCAUCAACCUGCAGAUCUUGGAUCUCUCCUUCAACCAGAUGAUGGCUCUGGAGCCUGAGCUCUUUCACGGGCUCCGGAAACUUCAGAUCCUUCACCUGCGGUCAAACUCCCUGCGCACGACGCCCGUGCGGGCCUUCUGGGACUGCCGGAGCCUGGAAUACCUUGGCCUGAGCAACAACCGGCUCCGUAGCCUGGCCCGGAACGGCUUUGCCGGGUUAAUUAAGCUCCGGGAGCUCCAUUUGGAACACAAUCACUUGACCAAGAUUAACUUGGCACACUUCCCUCGUCUGGUUGCCCUCCAGUUCCUUUAUAUACAAUGGAACAAGAUCAACAAUUUAACAUGCACCAUGGAAUGGAAAUGGACAACUCUAGAGAAACUGGAUCUCACUGGGAACGAGAUACGUGUACUCACCCCCGACGUGUUCGAGACUUUGCCCAGCCUCAAGAUCUUGCUGCUGGAUAACAACAAACUGACCAGCCUCGAUACCCAAACCAUGGAUAUGUGGAAGUCCCUAACUGUGAUCGGGUUGUCGAGCAACCUUUGGGAAUGUACCAAACGGAUCUGCAAUUUGGCCACUUGGCUGAGCACCUUUAAGGGUCGAUGGGAACAUUCUAUCCUCUGCCACAGUCCCGAGUACUCACAGGGCGAGGAAAUACUGGAUGCCGUUUACGGAUUCCAACUUUGCCAAAAUUUCUCGGCCCCGGUCAUACUGACCAGUACCAGUACGGAUGCCAUGCUCCCAGAGAUCACAAGCUCCAUGUUUGGAAAUAUGCAGACCCCUACGCAAGACUUCUACGCAGAGGAUUUUGGGAGCUUUACGAUUGUCACUACUACUACCACCACCACCCAACCCCCACGCACUGCCCUUGCUACUACCAUGAUGGUGGAGGGGGCAGAUGUUACAGAGGACUACUCUGCUUUGGACAACACGGUGCUGACCCAGAGGGUCAUUAUUGGCACCAUGGCUCUGUUGUUUUCAUUCUUUCUCAUUAUUUUUGUAGUGUAUAUAUCGCGAAAAUGCUGUCCUCCCACUCUGAGGCGGAUCCGCCAUUGCUCGGCCAUUCAGAACCGGCGACAGAUGAGGACCCAGCAGAGGCAGCCAAUGGCGGACCUGGCUACACAGGUGCCCUAUAACGAGUACGAUCCCGGUCACGAGGAGGGUGCACUUGUGAUCAUCAAUGGCUAUGGGCAGUGCAAAUGUCAGCAACUGCCUUACAAAGAGUGUGAAGUAUAAACUAUUUAUUCUUGCAGUUUAUGGGUUUAACCAUUCGUCCAUUUCAAAAGAUACAGGGUUUGCUUUUGGACAUUUUUUGUUCCCUUUUCAGUUUGUAUGAAGAAAGUUUCUUUGAAAUUGUUAGCUUUGGAAAUCUAUGAAAGCUUGAGAUGCCUGGGAUGAAUUUGAAAAGAAGAAAUAUAGAGAAAUCCACAAGUUUAUUUUUGUAAUACAAAGGUUCAUAUCUAGCUGGGGCAAUCAAUCUCAGCAGAGGAAGGUUGGAUGCGUCAUUGCAUCACCAGUUUGUGUACUAUGUAUUCUGCAGCACAGAGGAGAUGAGAAAUCUAUAGCCAAACCGCCUGGAACCCUGUGCUCCAGAAAACAGUUUAUAAAAUGACGUAUCUUCUGAUAAAUGGUGAAAUUGUAUUACAUGGGAAAAUAGUUACAUAUGCUGAGCAGUACAAAUUUAAAAGGAUAAAAAAAAGACUGUGCACAUUAGCAACACUAUAGAUCUCGCUCACAUAUUCACUUUUGGGGAGAGGAAACAAAACAUACACAAAUCGGAUGGAUACAAAGCAUAAUUUUUAACUCACCUUUUCUAAAUUGAGAACAAAUACGGUUACAAACUGAGCCACAAUGAAAUUUAGAUUUGAUCAGGGAAUUCAAUCCACUCACGUUACUUGGCUUUCUCGUGUGGCAGAAAUGAUCCUUUCACUUUCGAGUCUUAAAUUCAAACUAAUGAGAACACUUACCAGCCUUCUUGUUUCUGUAUUUGGUUAAAUUCAAUAAACUCUUUCCAGUUCCUUGAAAUCUUAAAGCCUAGCACUUUGUGCGAAAAGGUUAACGUCCAAUAUGGCUCUAACAAAAUGUCCAAAAAAGCUCUAUUACAACUUCAGCAGGGAUUUACUAAAAUGUUAAACAGCAGCGAUUGCUCAAUUUUCAUUGUGCAUAUAUUCUUACAUAAGAUUGCUUAAAACACUGACAUCCUCACUGUGACAGAACAAUGCUGCUUAAAUCACUGCAUCAUUAAUUAAUGGUAGAGACCAUCAAAGAAAGCUAGAUGAAGCAAACACCAGCAAGAACAACUUCCUAGUGAGAAGGUUAGGGAAAAGAAAGGAGGAAUGCAGAGGAUACUGACAAUUGUCUCCUAAAAAUAAAUGUGCAUGCUUUGUGUCACACUGUUUGAAUGCAGCAAAGACCAUAAUCAUACCUGACAGCUUCAACAUUGAGUCAAUUAAGCCCUGGGAAAACAAAUCUUACGAUCUGUCACCCAAAAACUCUGCCCUGAAUGUUUCAGCCUCCUCGGCCAGUACAAAAUUAGUGCAUGAGAUCUGCUGCCUUCAUGGAAAUAAGAGAGUUAUUACUUCAUAGCCUUUAUCCUUUUAGUCCAUAUAUACAAAAAAGCCUUUUUUUUUGUCUGUGCAAGAAAUAUCCAGAGGUUCAUACCAAGGACACAAGAAACCAAAACAGAGAGAAAAGCUGAAAUAAAGCGUAGCACAGCUCUCAGGAGAGCAUGCAGAAGACAGCAGGAGGCUGGGUCAGGAGACAUUUGUAUGCAGCACUGAGAGGACAGACAUUAGCAUCAAACUAAAGAAGCUGCUGCUGCAGUAACUUAGCUCUUUGUGUUGAAAUCAAGAGUUGGGGGCAGGGAUGCACAGGGGGGUAAAGGAAGCACAAACACCAGUUAGCAUCUAAUUGAAGUCAAUGAGCAUCUUAGGAGCCAUCGAGUGAGGCUGAAUCAGGGUACAUAAACCAUUAGAGGAAAAAAAGAACUGCAUGACAAAACAGUGAAUGACAACACCCUGGGCAAGAUCUGGAAAGCACUGAACGGCACACAAGUCAAUCUGCAAUAAUUGCCUCAAUGCAGAAAUAAAGUUAGUCAUCAAGCUAUAUAGCUUAAGAGAAAACUGCUUUAGUCAUAUCCUGGCAGAAGGUUUUGGUGUAAAGCUCCAAAUCUGAAAAUUGGCAUCUAUAUCAAAGAUUUUCUGGUUACUAAGGGUCUAAUGGCAG